AUGGAUAUUCAGCAGUCAGCACCACCGACAGCAGGGAAUUUCGCAAAACUGGUAGUGCAUGGGGCAUACGACGGAGCAAAGCUCGAUACCAUUAACCAAGCUAUCAUAACCGAUACUGGACUGGACAAGAACUCCAUUCUUCUUCUACCUCUACGACAAGAGAAAUUCUGGCUUAGGAGGAUUAUCUUUCUGACGAAGGGCGGUUCUCGGUUUUCGGAUAUGCCACUAGCGGGAGGGACAUUCCUUGGCAGAUCAAAACCCGGCGAUGUGAUUCGAUCAGCAAAGAUGGUGGAUGGUCAGGAUCGCCUUAUACUACCAACCAAGAGCUGA